GCCAAAACAAACGGGCCGGCCUAUUUAUUGGCGGCCGGCGAGCCGGGCAGCUCAGAGUCGAGGCGCCGAGGGGGACAGCGCGCCGCCACCAGCCAGGGCCCCGGGCCCCCGCCCCGCACCUGAGUCCUGCCGGCCCUGCGCCGCGCCGCGGCAGCCCAUGGCGCCCCCGCCUGGAGCCCCCCGGAGCCACCCGGACGCCUGAGUCCCCGCCGCGCUCCCGUCGACUCGCCCGCCCGCCAGCCCACCAGGCGCCCUCGCCCGCCGCUCGCUCGGGCUCCCCGGCCAUGUCUCCCGCCCGGCUCCGGCCCCGACUGCAGUUCUGCCUGCUCCUGCUGCUGCUGCUGGUGCCGGCGGCGCGGGGCUGCGGGCCGGGCCGGGUGGUGGGCAGCCGGCGGCGACCGCCGCGCAAGCUUGUGCCGCUCGCCUACAAGCAGUUCAGCCCCAACGUGCCCGAGAAGACCCUGGGCGCCAGCGGGCGCUAUGAAGGCAAGAUCGCGCGCAGCUCGGAGCGCUUCAAGGAGCUCACCCCCAACUACAAUCCCGACAUCAUCUUCAAGGAUGAGGAGAACACGGGCGCCGACCGCCUCAUGACCCAGCGCUGCAAGGACCGCCUGAACUCUCUGGCCAUCUCGGUGAUGAACCAGUGGCCUGGCGUGAAGCUGCGAGUGACUGAAGGCUGGGACGAGGACGGUCACCACUCGGAGGAGUCGCUGCACUAUGAGGGCCGCGCGGUGGACAUUACUACUUCAGACCGCGACCGCAAUAAGUACGGACUGCUGGCUCGCCUGGCCGUGGAGGCCGGCUUCGACUGGGUGUAUUACGAGUCCAAGGCCCACGUGCAUUGCUCCGUCAAGUCCGAGCACUCAGCUGCAGCCAAGACAGGAGGCUGCUUUCCUGCCGGAGCCCAGGUGCGCCUGGAGAGUGGGGCACGUGUGGCCUUGUCGGCCGUGAGGCCUGGAGACCGGGUGCUGGCCAUGGGGGAGGAUGGGAACCCCACCUUCAGCGACGUGCUCAUUUUCCUGGACCGUGAGCCAGACAGGUUGAGGGCCUUCCGGGUCAUCGAGACCCUGGACCCCCCGCGCCGCCUGGCACUCACGCCUGCCCACCUGCUCUUCACCUCCAACAAUCACACGGAACCAGCGGCCCACUUCCGGGCCACCUUUGCCAGCCAAGUGCAGCCUGGCCAGUACGUGCUGGUGGCUGGGGUGCCAGGCCUGCAGGCCGCCCGAGUGGCGGCUGUCUCCACACACGUGGCAGUGGGGGCCUACGCCCCACUAACCAGACACGGGACGCUGGUGGUGGAGGACGUGGUGGCUUCCUGCUUUGCGGCCGUGGCUGACCACCGUCUGGCUCAGUUGGCCUUUUGGCCCCUGCGACUGUUUCACAGCUCGGUGUGGGGCAGCUGGACCCCGGGAGAGGGCGUGCACUGGUACCCUCGGCUGCUCUACCGUCUGGGACGGCUCCUGCUGGAAGAGGGCAGUUUCCACUCACUGGGCAUGGCCGGGCCAGGGAGCUGAAAAGUCCCCUUGGCUGCCCUCCCGCAGCUUCCUUACUCAGUCCAAAGGCCUCCUUGCCAGCAGGGCACUAGCGCUGGACGGGACUUGAGUCGGGGGGCACUGGUUCCCACGAUCUCCUCUUUCACGGACACACACCAUUGCAACUUCAUUGCGCAAUGCCAGUGUCGACCACCCAUCCCACCUUGAUGCAGUGACAGAGUUGAAAGCCCAGCUGGUUGGUGGGGGUGGGAAGGGCUGGUCUAGCCUUCUACCCUAGAGACCUUGAGGCUGGCAGAGCGGGGCCAACCCAGCCAGCUAUCCCUUCGACUUUUCAUACCUGCCUCCCCCGCGGGGGAAGGCCCAUUCCAUCUGUCUUAGGUCCCUUGUAGGUGGGCUUGCCCCUCAGUUGAUGCUGCUAGAUUCCCUGGGAGCCAGCAGGGAGCUGGCUGGACUCGACGUCAGCUGCCCAGAACCGAGAAGGCCGUAGGGUAGGGCAGCCAGCCCGGCCAUCAUGAGGCAGGACCUUCCUUUCCGGACACACUCCUCGGGACGCCUCCAGAGACUGUUGCUAUCAGCAGGAGGAGUUCUAGGUUUCAGCCAAUGUGAUCACAGCGCCCAGGAACCUGGGGAGGGGGCUGGAU